UAAUGUAACAAGGGGAGCCAUGAAUUGCCUGCAAGAUGUACCUUUCAGAGUGACCAUAAGCGUUGCAGACGACUCCACGGAAGAGGCAAACUUUGUGUCAGCACCUGAGUUCGAGAUACCCGAUUGCACGGAGGUCCUGAUGUGUGCAAUGCACGAUUUCUCGCUGGAGAAGAAGGUGCUGUAUUGGGUAGACUCCGCUUCUCGGCAAGACACCCCCUGGUACAAAGUGGCCACUGACGUGGUCCCAACGGCUCCGCCUUGCUGGCUGCUGCUGCUGGACUCGAAAGAAAACUUCCCAGAGGCAGCAGGCCGCAAGCUGACUUCUGCGGUACCCAUCCAACGGUGUGCCAACCUGUGUGCUGCGGCGGAGAAGUUCAGCUGCACUGUGAACAAGAGCAGGCUGGCUAAGAAGGUGAGCAAGGAUGGGUGCUUGGAAGAGCAAGGGUGCUCCGAAGGUGAGGAGUCUCCCUUGUCUUCCUCUGUCGAAAGCGACAGUGAAGAAAAACCCUUCUCUGACUCCAAGCGUGUUUCUGGCACUUUGCCUCGUUUCCUGAGUCUUCCCCAAUGUAGACCAAAGACCUCCCCGGUGCUGUUGGCCACCCCUUCAGAGAGCAUCAGCCAAAAGCAGAGGCAAUCUAUGUUUUUAUUUAACAAUGUGAAGCAUGAGUUUGAAGGAGCCAGGAAGAAGCUCACAGCUUUUAUGCUCCCAAGGAACCAGAUGGCAGCGGAACCCACCUUGGCAUCCGGAGCUUUCUCCCUCCAUCAGCGCUCCCGGAGCAGCCGGAACCUGAGAUAUGGACCUAACUCUGAUGUGUCUCUGUUGGGAACUCUUGCCCCAACACCACCGAUGACUCCUUGCUGUAGCCCAAGGCCACUGACUAUAGCGGGACUUGUCCCUCCUAUCCAAAAGCACAAGCCCACAGUUGCAUCCCUGAGCCCUUAUUCCUGCCUUCCACCCCCUCCUGGAGUGCAGCAGCUUUGUGGUUCCCACAGAACUCAUCCUGACUCAACAGCUGACCUGCUCUCGGCGCUCAGCCAAGAGGAGCGCGACCUCAUUGAGCCCGUUUUAGCUUUGGGUUAUCCGAUCCGCCGGGCAAUCCUUGCUCUGCAGAAGACUGGGAAACAAAGCUUGGGUCAGUUCCUCAGUUACCUCAGUGCCUGCGACAAACUUCUGAAGCAGGGUUACGAGGAGGCUCAGGUCGAAGAAGCCAUGGAGAUGUUCCAGAACUCAGAAAAGGCAGCAGAAUUCCUUCACCUCCUGGUCCAGUUCAACGACAUGGGCUUCCAGCAAGCGGACAUCAAAGAAGUCCUCUUGCUGUGCGAGAACCACAGAGACAAGGCGCUUGAGGAGCUCAUGACAAGGACCCAGUGAGCGGCAAGCAGGCCUUUUUCCAUACCGAGAAAGGGCAGAACACGCCACAGCCCCACGGCAUGUGAUUCAGAGCAAGCUUUGAAUGGCAGAACCCAGCUGGAACAGCCAAAAUCCCAUUGGAUCAAGCCACCUGCAUCUGGGAAGUGCACACGCAGGCUCACCCAUUGCUUUUUACUGGCAGCUGGUACUGUGAAGUAUACUGUCUCUGGACAGUGAGGCUCUAUAUAUUUAAUAGCCACCUCUGAAUUCUUCUAACCCUCUCUUUUCAAAAGGCAUUUAAGUUAGUGACCACCCUGCUCCAUGUUGUGGUAGCAAAUGCUAGUCAAGAGGCAGAGUGUCUAAAAGUCGCUGCAAGGGAAUUGCUUCUAGUUGCAUCGCAGGCUCUGCUCGGGCUCAUGAAAGACCAACAUUUUAACACAAACCUAUUCUGCAUAAUCUUCAAACAGAUCCACAGUGCAACUUAAGAUGUUUCUGUAG